CGAUAUGGCUACUACUCAACAACCAGGUUCUCUGAACACAUCGAGUGCAGUGUACAUUUGUGCAGGAGCUAUCGUCGAAGGUCUUCCACAUCGCGGCUUCCUCAAGUCUGAGGGCAGAUAUUCGCUCAAGCUUCUCAUAGGGGGCUCCGAGCUCUGGAGAAGCAGACAGAUAACGACGAAGGGGAGCAGAGCGGUUUGGGAUGGCGAACAAGAUAUGGGUAUAUGUUGAUCUGAGCAGGUUUGUACAUGGGGAGCGGUGGGGGGAGUGUAGGGGUGUGCUAGGGCGGGAGUAGGUCAGGGGAGUUGGUCUAGGUGUAAGUGGGCGUCGGUUGGCGAUAUGUGGACUCUUCUGUCAUCCGUGUAGUUUAAGGAUUAAUUUACGAACGCGCUGUUCGCACGCUCAGUAGAUUAGGAGAAGAAUGUAUUUCCC